UUUGAUGAUGAGGGUAAAAUAGGAUUUAAAGCUUCGGAUGGAAAAGCACUUUCCCUUCUUGAUUUAGGUGGACUGAAGCGAGUGGUUGACUUGCUAUUUGCAAUUGUGCAGAUCAUCUGGGAAAACAACAAGCUCCGCCAACAACAAUCAAUGGAUACUACCAUCACAACCGUCGAUCCAUCCCCCGCAUCUUCACCCUUCUCCUCGAAACAAUGGAAGCACGACGUGUUCUUGAGCUUUAGAGGCGAAGACACGCGCCGGACCUUCACCGACAACCUCUACUGCACAUUAAAAGACAAGAAAGUCAACGUCUUCAUUGACGAGAAUGAACUUCCAAGAGGAGAAAACAUAACAGAUGAACUGGUGGAAGCGAUCAGACUGUCAAGGAUGUCCGUCGUCAUCUUCUCGAAACGGUACGCGGAAUCCCGAUGGUGCCUUGAGGAGCUGGAGAAGAUCAUGGAGUGCAGAAGAACACUUGGGCAAAUUGUUCUGCCAAUAUUCUACAACGUCGAUCCGACGGAUGUUAGGAACCAGACUGGUACUAUUGCAGAAGCAUUUCAGAAGCAUGCAGAGCGCUUCCAUGGAGAUACAGAUAAAGUCCAGAGGUGGAGAUCUGCUUUUACUGAAGCUGCAAAUUUGUGUGGUGGGAACCUUAAAAACACUGAUGGGUACGAAGGUAAGUUUAUAAGGAAAAUUGUCAACGACAUCACUAGAAAACUGAACAACACAAACUUAAACGUGGCUGCCAAAGAAAUUGGAAUAGAUUAUAGAGUGCAAGAAAUCAUCAAUGAUUUAGAUGUUGGAGGAUCAGAUGAUGUCCGCAUUGUUGGAAUUUUGGGCAUGGUUGGAACGGGGAAGACAACGGUUGCAAAAGCCAUGUUCAACAGAGUUCAUCAAAGCUUUGAAGGUAAAAGUUUCCUUUCAAAAGUGAGGGAAGAGAGUGUGGUUAAACUGCAAAACCAACUUCUUUGUGAUAUCUUGAAACCGGCCAACAUAGAGGUAAGUAGUGUGGAUCAAGGAACCAAGGAGAUACAAAAAAGACUUGGCGGCAUAAAGGUACUUGUCAUAAUUGAUGACAUAGAAUCUGUGGAUCAACUAGAAGAGUUAGCUAUAAAACACGAGUCGUUUGGUCGAGGGAGUAGAAUUAUUGUAACAACAAGAGAUGAACAAUUGCUAAAGUUCAUUAGAGUCGAUAAAACGUGUUUGGCACAAACAAUGAAUAAUGAAGAAGCUCUUCAGCUUCUUAGUUGGCGUGCCUUCAGGAAGAGUCAUCCUAACGAUGAUGAAUAUCUCGAACUCGCAAAUAAGGUUGUUGAUUACUGUGGAGGGUUGCCACUAGCGCUUGAAGUUUUAGGUUCUUAUCUAAGUUCAAAAACCAAAAGAGAAUGGAGAAGUGCACUGCGCAAAUUGAAAAGAAAGCCUCACGGGAAGAUUUAUGAAAAGCUUAAAAUGAGCUACGAUGGGCUAAUUGACGAUGACGUGAAGGCUAUAUUCCUUGACAUAUCUUGUUUCUUUAUUGGAAUGAACAAGGACUAUGUCAUGACAAUAUUAGAUGGCUGUGACUUCGACCCAGAUAUAGGAAUUGGAGAACUCCAUGAUCGGUGCCUUGUAACUGUUGAUGAAGGAAACAACCUUAUAAUGCAUGAUAUGCUUCGAGAUAUGGGCAGAGAAAUUGUACGUGCAAAAUCUCCUACCAUCACUGGAAAACGUUGUAGAUUGUGGGACCAGGACGAUGUAAAAGACGUAUUGAGUAACAUAUCUGGAACGGAGGACGUUGAAGGACUCACUUUAGAUUUGCAUGAAUCUGACAAGCCUAGCUUCAGUACAGAAGCACUUAGAGAGAUGCGGAGACUGAGGUUGCUCAUGCUGAAAGGUGUGAAGUUCACGGGAAACUGCACGUAUCUUUCCAAAAAGCUAACAUGGCUGUGUUGGCCUGAGUUUCCUCUAGAGGUCAUGCCAGAAAAUUUUAAUCUACCAAACCUAGUUGAUGUCGACCUGAGUCAUAGCCAAAUGCAAGUUUGGACGGACUCCGACGUGCGGCUUGAGAAAUUGAAGUUUCUUAAUCUGGGUCAUUGCUGUCGCCUAAGAAGAUCACCAGACUUUUCAAAACUCCCCAAUGUCGAGAGAUUGAUACUCAGAGACUGCAAGAGUUUGGCCGAGGUUCACCCUUCCAUAGUACAACUGAAGUGCCUUAAAUAUCUCUGUCUUGCAAACUCCAAUUUAACAAAUGAUGCAAUUCCUGAGGAUCUCGGGUCUAUAUCUUCUUUAGAAGUUUUAGAUCUAAGAGGCAAUGAUUUUACUGCACUACCUAUCGUCACUGGCCUUUCCAAGCUUCAAACUUUACAGUUGGAUAAUUGCACAAAGCUUCAGGCAAUUCCGAAUUUACCGACAAGGUUGGAAAUCCUGGAAGCGAAUCAGUGCGUUGCAUUGGAAAGAAUGCCAGAUUUUUCGGAGAUGUCGAGAUUGAGAGAAUUGCAUCUGAAUUACUCCCCCAAAGUCACUGAAAUUCCAGGCCUGGAUAAGUCGUUAACCUCCAUGACAAGGAUUCAUAUGGAAGGGUGCACCAAUCUCAAUGAUGCUUUUCUGGAAGCAAUCCAACGGGGAUGGAGUGCGAGUGGAAAUGGUGGCCUUUUUCUUCCUGGACCUUCAUGGUUAAGGGGUGUCCAGCCUAAGGAGGAAAUCAAUGAAUAUACGCUUGACUGUGAGUCCAGGUCAUAUUCAAGUGAAUACAAGGAAGGCAGAAAUCAUGAGGCAGCAAGACCUGGUGAUGACUCAUACGAUGAGAAUCGAUCUCACAAAAGAAUAAGGUUUGAUCUCAGUAUAGAAAGCAAUGCAGAAGGAACUGUUGCCGGGGAAUAUAAUUGCAUUGUAGUUCAAAACCACAAAAGCUGCAUGGAAUCUGAUGCGACCUUUGAGGAGGGGGGAGAUGGUGAGGAUGAAGAGAAGGCUCCAAGUGCUGUGCUGGUAUCCGUUAAUUGUUCUUCAAGCGGAACUGAUCAGAAGUACAAAUUCGGAAUCAGUUGAUCUUCUGACUUGAAUGUUGUGUUGUGAGCUUUACUUUGCUUGGCGGAGGUUUGGUGUUGCACUUGCAUAUGAAGAUUGAACUAGCAAAGUAAGGUCCAACUCCACAUUGUUUCGAAUCACAAAACAAAGUGCAAGUACGUCCUCCUGUCGGUGAGAGUGCUGAGACGCAGAGACUGUAUUCUGAAACACGAACAAUUUGUUUGUUCAUAAAUUAUUAGAUUGAAAAGAUUGACCUUUGCAUCUACUGAGGUUCAGAGCCCUUAUGUU